AUGAGAAUAUUCCUAAAUCGCGGUCCAUCAUCGAACUUUUCCACAUGGGUUUUUAUCCUCACGGUCCCGAUUCUCAAAAUCAGAUCCUCUCCAGGAGAUUAUUCGCCGGGCUAUCAACGAUGUGUGAAUUACUGCAACUUCGAGAACUGUUUUACGGUCGAUGAAAAUCCCAAAGCACUCCCAUUCAGUCUAAGAUUAUUCCAUUGGACCUGUACCGAUAAUUGUGCAUAUCAAUGUAUGCAUGAUCUCACUCAAAAAGUCCUCAAACUACCAAGAGCAGUCCCCAAACCUGGUCAAACUUUCGAAGGCUGGUGGGAUGAACCAGACUGGGAACCCGGGACGGAAUUAGAGGGUCUACCUCCGGGGAGGAUCGUUCAAUUCCAUGGGAAAUGGCCCUUCAAACGAUGGUACGGUAUUCAGGAACCGCUCUCAGCACUCUUCAGUUUCCUAAACUUUACCGUAUACGCUCUUUCGUACCGGAAGAUGAAACGACUCAUCCCACUCGACUGGCCUUUACGCGCUCAUUAUCUUGGCGUGGCUAUGGUUGGCAUGAAUGCUUGGAUGUGGAGCAUUCUCUUUCACUGUCGAGAUAAACCAUGGACCGAACGUCUGGACUACUUUAGCGCGGCGGCUUAUUCGCUCUACGGACUCUACGUAUCCAGCAUCAGGAUCUUCAGAUUGUACCCGACCCAUGCUCGCCAUUACAUCCCACUCGAUCAACGGCUACAUAUCGGUAGUCAGCUCAAGCUAAUCAUGAGUGCAAUGUUUUUAGUUCACAUCGCAUUUCUGAGCUUUGGUGAACGAUUCAAUUACAAGUACAAUAUGGCCGUCAAUGUGAUCGUUGGGGUCUUGACGAUCCUACUCUGGUUAAGCUGGACUGCAUCCCAUUCUCAUCGACCGCCAAAGGGACUUCCUGCGAAGCUUGACGUCGACGAAGACCUGAUUUCUUCGCCUCAAUCUGAGCAGUCUGAGUCUCCCCCACCGUCACCAGCUCGACCAAACGGCUUCUUCUCAUCCGCUUGGCUCUCACUGCUAUAUGAAUCCAUCCCAGCCGUAACAGAAACGGGGAUCGAGCCGCCCUAUGUUUCUAAACCGAUCAUCCCACUGGUCUGUCUGAUCGGUGCUGGAUCGCUAGAGUUACUAGACUUUCCACCUGUCUGGAAUAUGAGCUUGGACGCCCACGCACUCUGGCAUCUUGCUACGACCCCUCUAGGCUGGAUUUGGUGCGUCGGAUUUCUCGCUCAGGAUGCUCAGUGGGAAUCUCAAUUUGUCGAAGGAAUCAAUCGGCCUGGAUCCGAUUCGAAGGAAGCCGAGGCCACCGCAAAAUCAACACCAUCAAAAUCCCCACCCAUCAUUACCACCACCAAGGUCGACUAG